AUGGCACUCCAAAAACUCUCAAAUGGUCAACUGACUGAACAGAGUAUUCAGAGCCUCUGUCACUUACUGGCCGAAGAGCUCUCGUUAGCUGAAAACAUUUCGAGAAAAGAAACCGAUUUUCAGAAAUUUCAAGAGGUUCAUUUUGAACCAAAACAGAGAAUCAAAAAUCUCCGAAAAAAGAUUCACUCUUUGGCGGCCGAGUCCCGCGAUGUCACAAAAGGAAUGAUUAUGACGAGAAGGAAUCAAAACCAGAUGAUCGCUCAAAAUAGAAACAUGUCAUUUGAAAGCUCAGAGAAUUUGACGUCUUUGUACGCUAUGAUGUCCAGAAAGAUUAGAGAUGAAGUUUUUAAACAGUUAAAAGAAAAUGAAUCACAAAAUUUCUAUGAAGAUCUCGACAAUUUCUACGCAGAAGAGCUGCAGUGGAGAAAUGAGCAAAAUCGGGAAAUGAUUGGGGAAUUUCGAGAAAGGGAAGCUCAAGCGAAAGCGAGUCUCUUCGAGGCGAAUGUCGAACUCUCGAAUCAGCAGCUUGUCGUCGAUGAUCUCAACUUUCGAAUGAAAAACGAUGAAAAAGUCAAAAAUCGGUUGAGAGAAGAAAUUGGAAAUCUUCGAGGAAAUUUACGGGAUCUCUUGAAAGAAAAAGCUGAGUUUGAGGAAGACAAACGAAAUAUUGAGAUAAUAAAAGGUCAAUUUCGACUACAGAAAGAAAUCAAUGAAAUGAUUUGGGCAGAGUUUUUACGGUUAGAAGAAGAACGCGAUUUCCUCCAUGAUUCUUUAACAAAAAGUCUUGAAAAGAUGCAAGAGAUGAAUCUGGAGAAAAUCGAAAAUUUCGACGAAACUUUGAGAAAAGUUGAGCUCGAUUUUGGG